AUGGCUCAGAUGAAGAUAAAAACAGGGGAUCAGCCUUGGUUGAAUGACAGAGAGACAACCACUCUACAGUCCCAUGUUGAGGACUGGGAGAAGAUGGACAAAGAGCUCUUGAAGCAACAAAAAGAGAAAUACAGGCAGUGGUUCCAUAAUCACAAGAAACACAAGGCCGAUGCAAAACCACCAAUGAAGCUCCAAAAGAAAUGGAUGGCACACCGAGUCAUUAAAGAGGAAUGGAAGGCUGACAUCCUUCAGCAAAUACAAGAAGAAAUUGAGGAGGAGACUGGGGAGAAGCCUGAGCAGAAAGAAGUUCUCAGGAGGUAUCAACCCAAGAUGACAGCAAUCAUGAAAGGGCUGGAUGACAAUAAGUUGGAGGAAACCCAGGCUAAGGCUGACGAGUCAACCAAUCAAGCACCUGAUGCCGCAGUCCAGGCCAAGAUGGCGAAGAAGAAGGGCAAAAAUAUGAUCAAGCACUUUGCCAAGGAGAUGUUUACUCAAGCCGGUAUGAGACUGUUUGUAUUGGGAUCCUGGAAGGAUGAGCAGGGCAGCCUCCUUACAUCUGGGCAAGUUCAUUCAUUCAUUCAUUUGGUUCAACUUCAACGAACAGCUCAGCAAGGGCUCCAGCUUCAUGAAAUGCAAGGACUGACCAUGUUGGAGGUUCCCCCAUCUAAUCUGUGUCAUGUCCACCAAGAUCAGGAUCAAGACCAGGAUGGAAUGCUGCUUGGAGGCAUUCACCAGGGUCCCAAACCAUACUAUAAGUUUGACCUAGACUACAUGGGUUUGCCGAUCUUGCCGGAUAUUGAUGGUUUCUCACUCAACACCAAGAAGGGUGUCAUUCGGUCAUUCCUCACCAUUCAUUAUAUGUCACCAUUUCCUGAUAUCACCCUAUCUAGGGUUACCCUCUGACUUCACCUUAUCACAGGUGUACACCCCUAUUCAUUGAUCUGAGAUCAAUCUCGAUCUAUCCUCGGCAAGUCCUCGGAUAUUACUUACAUGCUGAUACCUAGCGUAUUCUCACAGACCCUUAACAUGCAUACACCAUGUGUAUUCCCAUGGACACUCAUCUAUACUUAUAUGGACAUAUUACUUACUUACCCUUGACCCUGGACCCUGACUUACUAUUGUAUAUAAGC